GCCAUAGAGCACCAAGUCUAUAGAGGAGGAGAGACCGGCCACCAUAGAGCACCAAGUCUAUAGAGAAGGAGAGACCGGCCACCAUAGAGCACCAAGUCUAUAGAGGAGGAGAGACCGGCCACCAUAGAGCACCAAGUCUAUAGAGGAGGAGAGACCGGCCACCAUAGAGCACCAAGUCUAUAGAGGAGAGACCGGCCACCAUAGAGCACCAAGUCUAUAGAGGAGGAGAGACCGGCCACCAUAGAGCACCAAGUCUAUAGAGGAGGAGAGACCGGCCACCAUAGAGCACCAAGUCUAUAGAGGAGGAGAGACCGGCCACCAUAGAGCACCAAGUCUAUAGAGGAGGAGAGACCGGCCACCAUAGAGGGCAGAAGAAUGUGGUGAAGUCUCAUAAUAGAUCCCAUACCUGGAGAAAACCCCCCAAAGGAUGUACAAGACCACCAACUGUAUACAUAACCUCACCCUGGAGAUCAUCUACCUGCUAACCGGAGAGGAUUACACAGUAGUGAAGAAGACAUCUGGAGAGUGUGUGGCCCCCAGCAGGUCAGGAGGAUGGAGCAGGGCCCGGGGCCCCAUCACGGAGCCUCCACCUCCCUCACUGAUACCUGAGAGGAACAACGAGCAGAAGAUCCUAGAACUCACCCACAAGAUGAUGGAGCUGCUGACUGGAGAGGUUCCUAUAAGGUGUCAGGAUGUCACUGUCUAUUUCUCCAUGGAGGAGUGGGAGUAUAUAGAAGGACACAAGGAUCUGUACCAGGACAUAGUCAUGAUGGAGGACCACCGGCCCCGAACAUCACCACCGGAUGGAUCCAGGAAGAGGAACCCACCAGAGAGAUGUCCUGCUCCUCUGGAUUCCCUGGACUGUCCGGGGGGAGAUGAGAAUGUCCUACAGGAUGAUCAGAUUCAGGGAGAAGUCACACCAGAUGAGAUCUCUGAAGAUGAGAACGAUGUUAUGGGGGAUCUCCGCUGUAAAGAGGAAAUCCCGGAGAAUACUGGCGCAGGUUCCCAUAGUACAAGGUCCUUCCUGCUGGAGCCUCGUCAUAAUCUUCUCCCCAAGACAACUCUCCGCAAUCAGUCAGAUCCCCAAAGGAUGGGUAAGAACAGGAACAGACUGUAUGAGAGACUAUUACACCUCACCCUGGAGAUCCUCUACCUGCUGACCGGAGAGGAUUACACAGUAGUGAAGAAGACAUCUGGAGAGUGUGUGGCCCCCAGCAGGUCAGGAGGAUGGAGCAGGGCCCGGGGCCCCAUCACGGAGCCUCCACCUCCCUCACUGAUACCUGAGAGGAACAACGAGCAGAAGAUCCUAGAACUCACCCACAAGAUGAUGGAGCUGCUGACUGGAGAGGUUCCUAUAAGGUGUCAGGAUGUCACUGUCUAUUUCUCCAUGGAGGAGUGGGAGUAUAUAGAAGGACACAAGGAUCUGUACCAGGACAUAGUCAUGAUGGAGGACCACCGGCCCCGAACAUCACCACCGGAUGGAUCCAGGAAGAGGAACCCACCAGAGAGAUGUCCUGCUCCUCUGGAUUCCCAGGACUGUGCGGGGGGAGAUGAGAAUGUCCUACAGGAUGAUCAGACUGAAGAUCUUCUGGAUAUUAAAGUUGAAGUUAUAGAUGAAGAAGAGGAGGAGAUGUAUACGAUGGCUGAGCAGCAAUAUGGAUCCAGUCAGAGAUGUCCCUCUCCUCAGGAUUCCCCGGGGGAGGAUCUCAGUAUCUCAGAGGACCCUCAGGGAGAAGAUCUGAUUGAUAUUAAAGUUGAAGUUGUGGAUGACGAUGAGAUGUACGGAUUGGAUGACAAUCAUUGUACAGAGGAGGAAAACCCUUUAGGCCAAAGUUCCCACAGCACAGAAGAACAGAAUCUUUUAUCUCGAGACCCUGAAAUAGAAGAUAACGUCACACAAAAUUUUUCGGAUGAAGACUCCUUAAUGCUGAACAUCCAUCAUAGCUCUAGUCUAUUUUCUGAUAUCUUUUAUCCUGAGAAACCUUCUGAGAAUUCCCAUAUUUUUACACAAAAUACAGAUCACAGAGUGUUUAAAAUAUUUCCAUGUUCUGAAUGCGGGAGACGGUUUGCAAAGAAGGCAAAUCUUUUUAGACAUAAGAGAAGUCACACAAGGCCCUUUUUCUGUGGCGAGUGUGGUAAAUCGUUUACAUUCAAGUUCCGUCUAGUAGAACAUCAAAGAUUUCACACCGGGGAGAAACCAUUUUCUUGUCCUGAAUGUGGGAAAUGUUUCAUGCACAGAGAGAAUCUUUUUAAACAUCAGAAAAUUCACAAUGGAGAGAGACCCUUUUCAUGUGCAGAGUGUGGCAAAUCAUUUUCCCAGAAAUCCUAUCUUGUAGAACAUCUGAAAUUUCACAUGGGGGAAAAGCCGUACUCCUGUUCUGAAUGUGGGAAACCUUUUAGUAAGAAAUCUAUUCUGGUUAAACAUCUGAGAAUGCACGCAGAGGAGAAGCCAUUGUUGUGUUUGGAAUGUGGGAAAUGUUUUAAUAAGAAGUCAUUGUUGGUUAAACAUCAGCUAUCACAUGCCGGACGUAGUAAUCCCUAUAUAUGUGCCGAAUGUGGCAAAUGUUUUAAAAAGAAGUCUGUUCUUGUUGACCAUCAGCGAACUCACACGGGUGAGAGGCCAUUUCCAUGUCAAGAAUGUGGAAAAAGUUUUACUAAGAAAUCUGUUCUUGUCGCACACCAGAGAAUUCACACUGGGGAGAAGCCAUAUUCGUGUGCUGAAUGUGAAAAAUGUUUUACCCAGAAGUCAGGCCUUAUUGCACAUCAGAAAGUUCACGAAGGAAAGAGAAAAAGGUUUUCAUGUCUGGAAUGUGGGGAAUGUAAAUGUAUCUGUACAGAUUACGUUGUUGUAGAGGAGAAAACUGAAGAAGAGGAGAAACCAUUUUUAUGUAUGCAGUGUGGCAAAUGCUUUACCCAAAAAGCAGGCCUCGUAAAGCAUCAGAGAAUCCACACUGGGGACAGGCCAUUUUCUUGUUCUGAAUGCGGUAAAUGCUUUACACUUAAGGAUCGUCUUGAGCGACAUCAAAGGAGUCACUCAGGGGAGAAGCCAUUUGCGUGCUUAGAAUGUGGAAAAUGUUUUACUCACAAGUCGAGUCUUGUUGACCAUCAAAGAACUCACACGGGGGAGAGGCCUUUUCCCUGUUUGGAAUGUGGGAAAUGUUUUAUCCAGAAGUCAGAUCUUGUAAGACACAAGAGAAUUCAUUCAGGUGAGAAACCAUAUUCCUGUCCAGAGUGUGGGAAAUCUUUUAUCCAUCGAUCAGAUCUUGUUGUCCAUCAGAGAAUCCACACAGGAGAGAAGCUGUACUCAUGUCCGGAAUGUGGCAGAGGGUUUACACGUAAAAGUCAGUUUGAAAUUCAUCAGAGAAGUCACACGGGAGAGCGGCCAUUCACAUGUCCUGAGUGCGGGAAAUGCUUCAACCAGAAAUCAAAUCUCGUUAGACAUCAAGGGACGCACUACAUUACGAAAACUACCAAAAUGUCACUUCUGGAUGGCUUUACCAUUGAUGUCCCACACUCUCGAAUUAUAGUGAGCUAAGGUCUGCAGUGACUCACCGGUUCAGGGGCAUCUCAUGGUUGGUCUGAGGAGACCCUUGGGCCCAAUUAACACUAUAAUUUUAUUAAUGGAAACGCAUGAUGAUAUCCUGUUGCUUUCCAACCUGGGAUCUACACUACAAACUUUAUAAUUGUAAACAUUAAAUAUGCAGAAAGGUGGGAAUAAUGGCGAAGAGGGUAUGAAGGGGAUAAUGGUGGAGAGGGUAUGAAGGGGAUAAUGGUGGAGAGGGGAUAAUGGUGGAGAGGGUAUGGCGGC